AAAAUUUGGGUCUUUUGCUUGGUAACAGUGAGGAAGGAGGAAGAGCAAAAAAGAGCGUCCGCGGAGCAAAUGACGACCAAGCCAAUAUUUUGUUACUACUUUUCCUUUAUGUGCUGCAAGGUAUUCCCCUGGGAUUAGCGGGUAGCAUACCCAUGAUUCUACAGAAUAGGGCUGUCUCAUAUAAGGAUCAGGCAACCUUCAGCUUAUCUUUCUGGCCCUUCAGCAUUAAGCUGUUAUGGGCGCCCUUGGUAGAUUCAGUUUAUUUCCAAAAAAUGGGCCGAAGGAAAUCCUGGCUGGUGCCUGCGCAAUAUCUUAUAGGUUUCUUUAUGCUGGUUUUGUCAUCGAACAUCAAUACCCUUUUGGGGGAAGGGUCUGAGGAGACCCCAAAUGUGACCAUCAUUACUGCAGUGUUUUUUGCACUGAACUUCCUAGCAGCUACCCAAGACAUUGCAGUUGAUGGCUGGGCUCUAACCAUUUUAUCAAGAGAAAAUGUUGGAUGGGCAUCUACGUGUAACUCGGUUGGCCAGACGGCUGGGUACUUCCUCGGCUAUGUUGUGUUCCUUGCUCUAGAGUCUCGGGACUUCUGCGUCAACUACCUUGGCCAAGCUGACUCCCUUGUGACUCUGCCAGGUUUUCUGUAUUUCUGGGGCAUUGUCUUUUGUGUAACAACAAGUUUGGUUUGGUUGUUAAAACAUGAAAAAGAUGAAUCAGAGGUUGAACUUGAUGAGCCAGAUUUUGGACUAAUAGGCACCUACCAGGUGCUUGGUCGUAUCCUUAGGAUGAAAACUUUGCAGGAUUUGAUCCUUGUGUUACUGACUUGCAAGAUUGGAUUUGCUGCUGCAGACUCCUUGACAGUCCUAAAGCUAACAGAGAAUGGUGUUCCUAAGGACAGAUUAGCCCUCCUGUCCAUCCCCUUGACCCCAGUCCAAGUGUUUCUGCCACUCUAUAUCUCACGCUACACUGCAGGGCCCAAGCCCCUCACUCCCUUUAUUCGUAGUUAUCCUGUCAGACUUCUCUUUGGCCUUGUUUUUGCUGGGCUGGUUUGGGCAACGCCUUGGUUCAAGGAUGAGAAUGGUGUCUACCCUGCCCACUUCUAUGUCAUCAUUAUAAUAGUAUACCUCAUUCAUCAGGUGACUGUGAAUUGCAUGUUUGUGGGCGUGAUGGCAUUCUUCGCUCGCAUCAGUGACAAGAAUGUUGGAGGGACGUACAUGACCCUGCUGAAUACUUUCACAAAUCUUGGCGGCAAUUGGCCAUCCUGGAUUGCACUUCGAUAUGUCUCCGAUUUGACGUGGAAGUCCUGUUCUGGGGUCGUAAAUGUGCUCUCUUGUAACAAAGAAAGUGAGAAGCAGGCUUGUGAGGCAGGGGGAGGAACUUGCAAUGUAGAUACCGAUGGAUACUACAUAGAGAGUGCGUUUCUUGUUGUCUUUGGCUUCCUGUGGAUGAAAUGGGGUGUGCCAACCAUUAGAAGAUUACAGGAUCUCCCCAUGUCGGCUUGGGCUGUCAGUCAGCGCUCUGAUUGAUGUGAAAUGAAAGUAAAAAGGUUGUGAUAUAUUUAGUUUAUUGUCAGAUAAUCUUCUGUAAGUCCAGAAUAAUAAAUCAGAAAGUAUUUA